AUCCUGCCGAUAUGUUAAUCCGUAUUGCAAGCGAUCUGAGGAUGUGUGCGAUGAGAGAUACAGCCACGAAGUGGCAAGCGAAUAUGAGCCGAGUUGCAAUAAUGAAAGCCAUCCGUCUUCUUGCACUGCUGAAGUAUUACAGACAGAUGAGCAUAGCACAAGCCUUGACAACGACAGUGGCGCAGAUGGAUUGGUAAUUAGAGAAAAACGAAAGCAGGCAAAUGUUUCUGCAAAGAGGCACAAAUAUCAGUUCUACUUCGAACUAGAGCCUGCUGUUGAAGUGGUAAGCACACAUGACGACUCAGAGCAGUCAACAGUCACUCAUAUUAGCGACCUAACUUUGGCAACGAAGUAUCCGUCUAGGAAAGUAAAGCGUGAGUGUGUGUCUUGUGUCGAAGACAGCUUUUUGUGCGAGCGGGAGCUGUUCAUAAACUACCCCAAAGUGGAGAACCGGAAGGGCCACAAGAAAAGCAGCAUGUCGAGAUACAACAGGCUUCACAAGCCAGCGAAUUUGCCUUGA